AUGUCGCCAGUUAAUAACAAUAACAACCAGCCACAUGAUUAUUCUAUUAAUCGAUUAUUAGCACAAGAACAACAAAAACAAGAAUGUUCACCAACAAAUUUAUUCAGUACACCUCCAAAAAAUCGUGCUCGACGUGCACGAACCUAUUUUGAUGAUCGUGCAAUACAAAUUUUAGAAGAGUCAUUUUUGAAAGAACAAUAUCCCGAUAUAUAUCGACGUGAAACAUUGGCAAGAGACGUCGGUACCACUGAAGCACGAGUUCAGGUAUGGUUUCAAAAUAAACGUUCAAGAUGUCGUAAACGUUUAGCGAAAGAACAGCAUCACCAAGGACGCUUAGACAAUAGUGAUUCAGAAUCAAUAUCUUCAUCAUCAAGAUUAAGUUUACCGAUGACAAUAAAAGAUGAAAAUACGCCUGAAUUUGGAUCAUUAGUUCCACAUCGUCGUCGUUCAAAACAACAACGUUCAAGUGUUCAAAUAACAACACCAACACAGCGAAAAUCAACAGAAAAUAGUUUAACGUCAACACUAUCAUUAUUAAAUUUACCAUCAACACUCUACCCGCAGUUAAAUCAGUAUAGUCCAUUUUCUCAAUCAUCAAUUCUAGCCAGCCAAUUACAAUUGUUAACAAAUCAGGUGUUAUUACAACAACUCUAUUAA